AUGCUUCGAGUUAGCAUAUUGAAAUCGGUUUUUACUGUCAAAGUGUGUUUCGAGGAACUGUCAGUAUAUCAUAUCUCCGUGACUCAUGACUCAAAUCUACAAGCAUGUGCAUCAAAAGCUGGCGAAGGUUAUGAAGCUAAACAUCUGGGCCGGACCGCAACCCCUGAAGCAAGAAUGAAAAAGACACCGAAGUCGAAAGUGGCAUCUCUCUAUCAGUUCUGGAAUGCACAGCAACAGCAGCAACCACAGUGCAGUACCACUCCUCGUAGAAGCCAAGAUGAUGUGAUCACACUCACCGACAGUCCAAUGGAGCAUCUCAACGUCACGCCGUUGUCCAAAACAGGCAAGUUCUGCAACACCGGAACUGCCCAAGAAGAGUGCACCCUCAUGGGCGCCUUUGGUACGUCAUUCAACAACAUCUGA